UGACCGCCACAGGUACCUGCACACAAGUGCACGCACCCACACAUAGACACACAAAAUUUUUUUUAAGAUGGAGAAUGAUAGAAGACAUCACAUAUUGACCUUUGGCUUCUAGACAUGCAUGCACAGGUGAGCAUGUCCACACAUACAUGUGCACAGAUGUAUACACCCCUUCCACAUACAUACAUACAUACCAAAACAAAACCUUAUGGUGCCCCUGGUGAGAACAGAGCAUGGAUGUCUACCAAAGUCACACCUGGUUAUGUUUUGGCCAGCAUUUCCACUCCAAGGCCUGAGGUUCUUCCUGUAGACACAUCAUGUAAGGAUAAAUGACCUGUGUGUGAGUCUUUUCCUGCAGCAUUGAGGGGAAGGAACUGCUGACCAUUGCCUUGUGACAGAGUCAGAGCAGAUUGCCGUACUCCCACUCAGGUAAAGCAGGGGGCAAUGAUGCACACAUGUAUUGUCUUCUUGGUGCUUAUAGCAUAUCUGCCAAGAUAGAAAAGAAACUGGUAACAGGGUAUCAUGGUAGCUGAGGACAAUAGAGAAAUCUUGAACCAUGUAUGUGCUCACUAUAUAUUCAAUGUAAAAUAAAACCCUCAAGCAUCCCUUGUUUUUCAAAAAAAAGAAAGCCACAGAGACAGUAAAGAUCUUCCCAGCUUCUCUGGAGGCCACAGGAUCCUGGCUUUCAGUGACCCAUUGUGGGGGUCACAGAAGACACAUGGCGCCAUUCUCUGUGCUCUUCCUUUUGAAGUCAGCUCAUCUCGGCUCCUGAUUUCCUAGGGCUGAUAUGGAAGAUGAUUAAGGUUUUAUUACUUCUCGUCAAUGUGGUCCCCAAGCCUCGCCCCUUGGCAGCCACCACAGGGUCACAUCUGCUCCAGGACCACAUAAAAGGGGGGCAUGUCCUACUCUGAGAAUGACUCCAGCAGCACCAGCAGCAUCAGACUGGAGUCUUGGCUGCAGAGGGAGAGGACCAUGGACACAGAGAACAAGAAAGGGUGUGAACGCCCACCUCAUGAUGGUGUUUCAUUUGCUGAAAGCCAAGAUCUGAGCCUACUGGAAGCAGAAGCAGAGUUGAAUUUUAUUCAUGUGUGGUUCAAGACAAAGAAGAAUGCCCAGGCACACCAUACGUCUAACUACAAGGACAGUAACAAUGAGAAGGAGACGAUUGAUGUGCUCAGGCGUGGACAGGCGUUCACCCUGUUCCUGAAAACAAAUAGACAUCUCCAAAACCAAGACCACGUGAGGCUGCAGUUUCUUAGCGAGGACACCGUUUUCAUGCCUAAUGAGGAGGAUCGAGCAGAACACGUCCUCAAUGACACUGGCUACAUUUACAUGGGUUUUGCCAAACAAAUUAAAGAGAAGCCCUGGACCUUUGGUCAGUUUGAGAAGCACAUCCUGCACUGCUGCUUUUCCCUGCUGACCCACCUCCAGCCCAGAGAAUUGCAGAGCCCAGUGCUUGUGUCCAGGUCCAUCUGCACCAUGAUGUGUGCUGUGAACAACGGUGUGCUGGUGGGGAACUGGUCUGGAGACUACAGCAAUGGCACAGCUCCCUACGUGUGGACCAGCAGUGUGCCCAUCCUGCAGCAGCACUAUGUCACCGGGUUGCCUGUGUGCUUCGGCCAGUGCUGGGUGUUCUCUGGCAUCCUAACCACAGCACUGAGAGCUGUAGGCAUCCCGGCGCGCAGUGUGACUAACUUUGAAUCAGCCCAUGAUACGGGGAAGAACCUCACAGUAGACAUCUACCUGGAUGACUCGGGCCAGACAAUCGGAGAUCUAACCAAAGACUCUGUCUGGAAUUUUCAUGUGUGGGCGGAUGCCUGGAUGAAACGACCGGAUCUACCCCAAGGCAAUGAUGGUUGGCAGGUCCUGGACUCAACUCCACAGGAGAUCAGUGACGGGGGCUUCCGAGCUGGACCUGCACCACUGAGUGCCAUCCGCCAGGGCAACGUGCUCUUGAAGUACGACACCAAGUUCAUCUUCACAGAGGUGAAUGGAGACAAGCUCAUCUGGCUGGUGAAGCAGGACCAGGGGAGGGACAAGAACACCCUCAUAGCCGUAGAGACCAUGAGCAUUGGCAAGAAUAUCAGCACCAAGAUGGUGGGCCAGAACAGGCGCCAGGACAUCACCUCUGAGUACAAGUACCCAGAAGGCUCACCGGAGGAAAGGAAGGCCAUGGAAAGGGCCUCUGGUCGCCUCCAUCCUGGUGAGGAUCAGCCCGGCUCUCCUUCAACAGACAGCUCCCUUCGGGUGUCUGUCAUUGAGUGCUCAGUGGAGAUAGGACAUCCUAUCAUUUUGACACUAGUUUUGGAAAGGAAAACGGCCACUCCACAGACUGUCAACAUCUCAUGCUAUCUCAACCUACAGACGUACACAGGCAAGAAGAAGAAAGGCCUGGGUAUCAUCCGGAAGUCUCAGAAGAUCACAAAUCAAGAAUCACAGGUGACUCUCACCAUGGAUACCAACUCCUACAUUCAUAACUUGGGCAUGGUUGAUGACGAGCUGGUCAUCAAAGGAUUCAUCAUUACAGAAAUUGCAGGAUCCAGAGAGAGAGUGGCCACUGAAGUGACCCUGUGUUUCCUGUACCAGGGUUUUCAUAUAGAGAUGCCGAGCACAGGCAAAGUCCACCAGGAACUCCUCCUCAUCUGCAAACUCAAGAACACCCUGCCCAUCCCUUUGACUAACAUGAGGUUCUCAGUAGAAAGCCUGGGCAUCGUUACCACAGAGUCCCUGGACCAAGGAACACUGCCACCUGGACAGUCCCUCCAGUUCGAAAUGAGAUGCAUCCCAAUGAGGACUGGACCUAGGAAAAUCAUUGUCAGGUUUACUUCCAGAGAAGUGAAAGAGGUCCACGUUGAGAAGAUGGUUCUCAUCACUGAUUAGCCUGUCUGAUGCUGUGAAGAUGGAGGUAGGGGCCCUGAUUGGCUCUGAGCCUUGGCUAACUCCGCAUUUUAGCACUUCCUAAAUUGCAUGUAGCUUUCAGGUCAAGGAUGAUUAGAUUUGAUUACUCAUGUGAGGGUGGAUUUGAGAGCCUGCCCAACAACAGAGCACUCCAAGGCCAGUGAAGAGCACAAGCUGCAGUCCCAUGAGGCCAGGGCAUGCCUUUCCAGCUUGAAGCACACAGCCUAGGCAGGCACCUUUCACAAACACAUACUUUGGAGGCAUGGGCUCAGAACCAUAUCCAUGCAAAGCCAUAGAUCCAUCAACUAGAGCAAGUAUGAAGCCCAGAGCUGCUAACAGUGGUACUGGAAGUGGACAUUUCUUCAGGCCAUGGACUCACCAGUGCUGCAGGUACCUUCCAACUGGACUGUGGUUCUGUCAGGUGCAGGGGGUACCUAAAGGCUGAGCUGGCAGGCCUCUAAGAAAGCACACUGCAGCUGCGACAGGCACCACAUGCUCUCAUCCCAAGGCUCUGCCCUCUCAGAAGCAGGCCCCAUGCUGGCGUGAGGCCCUCCUGUCUCUGGGUGGGCCAUGGGAGAGAGACCCUACAACCUGCAUCCCCCUCCUGUGAAUAGGGGUCCAUGGUUGAAGUACAGCACCCAGGAAAGCAGCUCACUCUGCACUGCUCGCUGGAGCCAUGUUUGUUCUGCCCUCUAGAGAUCUGCUCAGAUGAUCACUAUGUUUUGAAUAAACUGUAGA